UUAAAGAAUAUUGUCAUAUACAACGUAAUUGGACUUCCAUUGCUUCGCAUGAAAGUUGCCUUUGUCUAAAGAAAGCCUUUGGCAUUAUCCCAUAUAUGCCUGCGGAUUGGGAUCUCCUGUUCCCCUUACUUGAAUAAGAUCUAUGGAGAACGAAGGCGCAAAACAAUCAUCCAAGAGGGUGCCUUUCACCCAACUUGAUCAAGUUGACUCUGAUUUUGCCAUGGCAAUGGCAUUGCAAGAACAGGAGAGGGCGUUUUCAAUGCUCGAAACCAUUGAAAGUGAUAGCGAAGAAGAUGACAGCGAGGCAUCCUACGGAAGCAGCAACAACAACGAUUACGAAUGUUUCGAAGGCCUGGAAGCUGGAGGUGACCUAGAGUUCCUUGAGGGACAAGAUAGCAAUGAUGAUGAAGACAUGGAGGAGGAGGAUGAGAUUGAUCCGGACGAUUUAUCUUACGAAGAGUUGAUUGCUCUAGGAGAGAUUAUAGGGGUAGAGAGAAGAGGGUUAUCUCAGAAUGAGAUUUCUUCAUGCUUGAUUCCAUGGAAGUUCCAAUCUGUUAAGUGCAACAGUGGGAUUGAUCGGUGUGCGAUUUGUCAAGUGGAGUAUGAAGAAGAGGAAGGUGUAGUUGCUCUUCCUAAUUGUGAACACCCAUAUCAUUCAGAGUGCAUAAGCAAGUGGCUCCAAAUCAAGAGGAUUUGCCCCAUAUGUAACACUGAGAUUUCUUCAUCCAAGAAUGCUAGGAAUGUUUAGAUGUUUUCAUUCAUCUGUUUGGGCACUGUUACUUCUUAUGAUCCCAAGUUUAAUUGUACAAUUUUAUUUGAUUGAAAAUAAAAUGGACAACAUGUAUACAUAGAAUUUGUACAAGUUGGAAGUUGUAACACAGCUCAAACACCAAUUUCUAUGAUUAAC